GUGCAGCAAGUGUAAUCGCCUCCGGGAUUCUGGGUGACCUGUGGCGGAAAGAAGAACGAGGACUGUCCGUCAGUAUCUACACUAUGGUCACUUUGUUGGGACCGACCCUGGGCCCUCUGCUAGGCGGAUUUAUCACUCAAUACAGCUCCUGGCGCUGGACCUUCUGGAGUGUGAGCAUCGCCGAUGGCAUGUUUCAACUAAUCGCCACCUUCUUCUUUCAAGAGACCUACGCUCCGGUCCUGCUGGGACGCAAAGCAGCCCGACUACGCCAGGAGACAGGCAACACUUCCCUCCGCACCAAAUGGGAAGACGAUGACCUGAGUCUGCGUAAGAAGUUGCAGGUGGCCUGCACUCGGCCGUAUAUCCUGCUGGCCACGCAGCCUAUCUUCCAGGUGCUGACCCUGUACAUCUCCUACCUCUUCGGGCUGGUCUACCUGGCGCUGGCGACCUUUGCCGAGCUCUGGACCACCGAGUACCACCAGUCGAUCAGCAUCGCCGGCUUGAACUAUCUCGGGUUGGCCGUGGGGUACAUCAUUGGCACCCAAUCCUGCGCCAUGCUGAUUGGCAUCGUCUACCGCCGUUUGGUGGCGGGCAACAAUGGCACCGCCCAGCCCGAGUUCCGCCUGCCGCUGCUGCUGCCAGGGGCCCUGAUGGUCCCCGUCGGACUGCUAUGGUAUGGCUGGAGUGCGCAGCAUCAUUUGCAUUGGAUCAUGCCGGAUAUCGGCAUUGCGCUGUUUGCCAUUGGGGUCAAGUAUGGCACGCAGUGCACGCAGUUGUAUGCUUUGGAUGUGUAUCCGACUUAUGCUGCGUCGGCGAGUGCGGGGGCGCAGUCGUUGCGCUCGCUGGCGGGGUUCACUUUCCCGCUGUUUGCCCCGUAUCUCUACGACAAGCUGCACUACGGCUGGGGGAAUUCGGUGCUUGCGUUGGUCGGGUUCGUGAUCGGGGUGCCCGCCCCGAUUCUGUUGUGGAUCUACGGUCCAGCGUUGCGGAGGAGAAGCCAGUACGCCACCGGGGUGUAGAGUUGAGUAACAGAAUGAAAUCGAUACAUACAAUCAUAUAUAUACAUACAGUACAAUAGACGCACUAAUGCCAUAUCCUCCUGGUCGUCU